AUGUGCGCUGGGUAUGUUUGCGGUUCGGGGGCGACGAGCCCAACGGAGGCGGUGUGCGGCGGUGACGGUGACAUGUUCUGUCCGGAAGGGUCUUCUACUGCCAGCAAGGUAAAUGAAGGCCACUACACCGUCGGAGGAGAUGCAACUCUCCUGAUGGAGGCCGUCAUCACCACAACAGCGGACACCAUAGCUGUCGCAGGAAACAACGAAACGACGGCAGAACAAGUCGAGGCCGACCCGUCCCUUACCUCGACCCGCUCCGCGGAGAGACUCUGCGAGCCGGGGUUUUGGUGCGAGGCGGGUUUUCGAUAUCCCUGCGAGGCGGGUACCUACGGGAGUGACUUCGGCGCAACACAGGGAAGCUGCUCCGGCUUCUGCGAGGCGGGGUUCGUUUGCCGAAACGGCAGCGUCUCCCCCGAGGAAAACCCUUGCGGGGACUCGAGCGUGUACUGCCCCUGGGCGAAUUCGGAGCCUGUGAAGGUCUCCGUGGGAUACUACUCUGUCGGCGGGAGUGGGCCCACGACCAGGACCGGCCAGGAGCUGUCACCUCCAGGCAGCUAUGCCGACCAAGGAAUUCUGUACACCUGCCCCGCCGGCGUUUUCGGCGCUUCACACGGGCUGUCGUCCCCUCUUUGUUCGGGGCCUUGCUCCAUGGGUUUCUACUGUGAGCCCGGGAGUGUGAGCUCGAGGGAGCGGGCGUGCGGAGGCCCGUCUCAGAUGUGCCCCGCUGGGUCCGGUUGGCCGAUCAUGGUCGACAGCGGGUACUACACGACGGACUACGCCACCGUUCCGGACGAGGAGGCUUGCCCGCCGGGGAUGUUCAGGAACGGCUCUUACCCUUUCGACACAGGCGAGAAAAUAAGACGGCUUGGAAUGCUGGGGGAUCUUGAUUUGUUCCGCCGAAUGGGACGUGGGGGGAGGUUGGCCGAGUUCUCAGCGUUGAAGUACCACUACCAGACAAAAGGUGAAGAAUCCGCAAUUACCACGGCGAUUCCUUUGCCGUCGUGUCAGCUCUGCCCGGAGGGGACAUUCAAGGCCGUCACCGGAGACAGCCUGGCCCUCUGCCUGCCGUGCGACGAGCUCACGGCGGAGAGCAUCGAGGCGCGGACAAGCUGCGUGUGUCGACGGAUGGCGGGGGGGGACGUGAGCGCGAUCAUGCUCUACUUCAACACCACGACUUCCGCGUGUCAGAACGUCACGGCAAGCUUCCGCCCGUCGGCGGAGGUUGGCCUGGUGGAGUCGACGUUCACGCGAUACUCUCAGGCAGAGUGUGAGCCGGGACACUUCUGCGUCGGCGGUGUUCGAUUUCCGUGCCCGGGUGGCCGCUUCGGCGCAAGCGCUAGAGAAAUUCGGCCGCAGUGCCAAGGGGAGUGCGCGGGAGGGUGGUACUGUCCGGAGGGCAGUGUUUCUGCGAACCAGGUGCCCUGCGGCGCCGCUAACCUGUACUGCCCCGCCGGGAGUAUCGCACCGACCUUCGUGGAGCAGGGUUUCUACACAACGGGAAACCACGAUGCCAGCUACGGCUUGCACACACCGGGGGCCGCCAGCGCGUUCCCGAGCUCCGACUUUGGUACCACUGGCGUCGGUGGAAGGGACGAAGGGGCCGGGGCGAAGCGGCCGGACGAUGAUCGAGGGGCAGCCUUCAGGAGCGGCGUCGCGGUGUGUCCCGCCGGGUGGUACUGCACUGGGGACGGGGCGGGGAGCAAGUGUCCGCCCGGUGUCUACGGUGGUGAGGUGGGUGGACGAGAAAACGCGCGAGAGGGAUGCAGUAAUGAUGUCCAUCGGCGGCUAGUAACGGGCGCGGGGGUAUGGUGGGGACGGCAGGAGGGGGGAGUGGAACAAGGCUUGGUAGGACUAAGCGACCCGGCGUGCUCUGGGGUCUGCGCGGCGGGGUUUGUGUGUCCCGAGGGCAGCACGUCCCCGUUCCAGAGCAGGUGCGGUGGCCUAGGCUUGUACUGUCCGAGGGGGUCAUCUUCUCCGUCGCAGGUCUUAGUCGGGUACUACGGUGCCCACACGGGCGUGGCAGCUGGCCUUCAGGCCGCCAGGGACCCAUUAAACGAGACGCACAGCGCUCAGGUACUGUGCGAGCCAGGAUUUUUCUGCGAGAAGGGGCGCAAGGAACCCUGCCCUGCAGGAACCUUCCAGUGGAAGUACGGGGAGUCUUCUCGAGCGUCGUGUUUGCCGUGCAAGCCUCCGAACCCGCGCCUCUUGCCGGAUGUCGCGAUGAAUACCAAGGCGGGAUACUACUGCCCGCCGGGAGAGAGCGCCAGCCCCAGCCUUGCGGCUGCUCUCGUUGCCUGCGGAAACCCGACCGUGUUCUGUCCCGAGGGCAGCGUGGAGCCCGUCCCAGUACGCGCUGGGUUUUACUCUGUGGGCGGAGGCUCAGAAGGCAACACUCGGGUCUCUCAGGCGUCCACCACCCAGCUAGCCCCUUUGCUACUACGAUGCCCCACUCGUUGCUUGGCCCGCCAUUGUCUCAUCAUUUCUAACUCCCGGUCAAAGGUGCUGUGCGAGGCCGGCUACUACUGCCAAGACGCAGCCCGGAAGCUCUGCCCAGCGGGCACCUAUGGCUCCUCAGCGGGUUUACGCGACGAAGGCUGCACAGGCGUGUGCCCCCCAGGGGCGGCUUGUGCCGAAGGGACCGUAGAUCCGACUCCUUGCGAGGAGGGGUACUACGCGACAGGGGGCGCCGUGGCGUGUAACGCGUGUCCUGGGAAGAGAGUGGCCGGGCUCGAGGGCGAGAGGUGCAGAACUUCCCGGAGUUGUUGUACGUGAUUGGGUCGUUGGCCCUGGCCGGGGUUUCCCUGUUGCUCACGUUUCGCAAGAAGAGGGGAUGGCCGGCGGAGUCUUCAUUCCGCGCGAACAUUUGGCCAAGUCUUGGAUAUUUCCGGGUUUUCCGUACUCCGUCUUUGAAAAUGUGUCGUCUGCAUCCUCUCCAAGUAGUGGCCGUUCGGCCGCGCGGCCCCUGUGCGUCACAAGAGAGCCGAUGUUUAGAAACCGGAGAAUGACGCCGUACUCCGACUCGGAGCGAAGCUAGAUGCCGUUCUGUCGUGUUGCGUUUCCUGCGACAACAUCAACCUGGAAUCAGGGACAUCCAAGGUUGGAAAGGCGUAGAUACCUUGACGAGCAAGGCUGCGGAGGGUGGAAGCACAGCCAGGAACACCCCAAGCUCGUAACAAACAGCAAGCGUUCGUUUGUGGAUGCGGGGUGUCCAAAAACAUUGAAAUGCCCUGUUCG